CCCACUUCUCGUGCUCCUCCCGAGUCACUGGGUGUGACAACAUGUCGCCCACAUCGAACUUGCGGGAAUGCGAAACUCUGCUUAAGCCUGACCAACACUAUCCCCUGUACAUCACUGCCAAGAAGUACUGGUUACCAGAAUUUGAAGCUCACUGGGACGAUGAGGAUGCCGUCACCCUUGUUUUACUUCAUUCGACUAGCUUUCAUAAAGAGACUUGGCAGCCUACCCUGGAACGUAUCUUCAAGUGUUCUUCAUCUUACCCCCGAAUUGCAUCGAAAUCCUUGAAGAUCAAAUGUGCAUGGGCAAUCGACUGCCCAAACCAUGGUGUAUCUGCUGCACUCAACGAGGACGCACUUCGGCAGGCACCUUUUUACCACGACUUCGGGUGCCGCAGAUAUGCAGAGGCCGUCCAUAGAUUUAUGUCUGCUGGACUAAGGCUCGAACCCACGGUUGACUUCCGAAGCCAACGCCUUGUUGGUAUAGGUCAUUCCCUCGGCGGAGUUGCUAUAACUAUAUUGCAGAACCUUGAACCAGCCAUCAGAUUUUUGUCUCUCAUCCUCGUGGAACCCAUGCUCAGUCCAACUGCAGAUGCAGUGGAACCACUGCGCGAUAUGCUCAUAAAAAAUGCAUACAAACGAAGAGACGUGUGGCCCUCCCGAGAAUUUGCAUAUGAGAACCUGAAAUCAAGAAAGCGAUGUGAACGCUGGGACCCGCGUGUCCUGGACUUAUAUAUUAAAUUUGGACUAAGGGCUCACACAGGUGCGAGUCACCUGAAAGCACCCUACGAUGGUGUCAGCCUAGCAUGCUCCCGCGAAGAAGAAGUAACAAUGUACAGAGAGCCUGACGGUGCAACCAAACCAGUGCGAGAUUUGGACAAAGUAUGCCUACGCAUUCCCGUUAGUAUCGUGUUUGGAGGCGAGAAUGAUUACAUACCCCGUGCAGUGCAGGAUGCUCUAAUUGAUCCGGCUUCAGGCAGGCGUUUUUCCUGCGUCGUGCGGAUUGAUGGAACAGGACACCUAGUGCCUCAGCACGUUCCCGACCAGCUUGGCAAACAGAUAUUCGAUAUUUUGUCCAGUGCACCCUCAUUUUCUAGGCUAUAGGAUGUCACUCUGCUAUUGAUGAUACAGAUCCUCGGACAGCUUCCAUCCUCGCCCAUUCGCCUAUCGGGCUGCCAUCAUCACCGACGAUACCUCUCCACUGCAAUAGCCUGCUCGUCAGGGCAUCCCAUUUCACGAACUUUUCGUCAAGCGUCAUACUCGCCCGCCAUAAGUCUUCGACAAUACAACCCCACGCCCGCAGGGGAUCAGUUAUUGGUGGUUGAAUAUGCA